ACACAAGCAAUUUGGUAUAAAACAACUCUCCAUCUUCUCUAUUCUAGAAAGGGGUUACCAGUUUCCUCUUCUUUCUAAUACUCCAUAUGAUGUAGUUUUAGGUAAAGAUGAUGCUUCAUAUUGUGAUCAUAGUUUCAGUGUCAAUAAAUCUCAUUGUUGACACAAAUCUAGUCUCAGUCUCAGGUUCCUGUCCCAUAAACCUGAGUUAUGUUCUAACUGUACCCUGGGAUUCAUCUGCCUGCCAGAAUCACCGGCAGAACACCAAAACAAAUGGUCAUGAGACUCGUGACGGCAGCAGUUCUGCUUCUAGCAUAUGCUGCCAGACGCUAACCAGCCUCUACGGCAUUGGCCUUGCUCAAAACCUGAAACAGACCAAUCAUUUCAGACUUCCAGACCUUAACACUUCCAUUUCUUGUUUAUCGGAUUUCCAAUCGAAGCUCGAUUCCCUCUCCUUACCAUCCCAUCUGACAUCAAUGUGUUUUGAACCUGUGCAUUUUGUAAAGGGUACUAAUCUGUGUGCCAAUAUCCAUACCAAGCAAGACUGGCUGGAUGUGGUCGGCCCGUCUACCUCCCUGGACCCUGCCUGCUGGCCAGACGUAUCUGAUCUGACUUUCUGUGAUGCCUGUGUGCAAGCUGGUUUUAAGGUUCAUUCUCAACUGCUGGCCGUUGACCGCAAUAGUUCUCAUGCCAGAGGUUGCUUUUACUACACCGUUCUAUAUGCUGCAGGUAUCGUGAAUCAGUUAGGCCCCGAGAGCUUAGGUGCAGUCUCGUGUAUCUUUGGACUGCCCAUGUCCUCGAAUAGGAGAUCUGAUUCUAACAGUAUGGGGAAAUUAGCUCUCGUUUCUGGGGCUGCUGCAGCUGGUUCUACUAUUGCUGUCAUUUGUAUUUUAGUGGUUUUUUACACUUUCUGGAAAAGUAGGAGAAAAAGGAAGAGAUAUCCAGAAGACGAAAAGGCUUUGGAGGCUGACCAUGAUGUUGAUGAUGAUGAUGAUGAUGAUGAUGGCUCAUGGCGAAAUUGGAGCCCUAUGGCUGGAUCUUUAUGGUUCAAGAUUAAAGAACUUGAGGAGGCAACUGAUUAUUUCUCGCCGAAGAACUUCAUUGGGAGAGGUCAAUUUGGAAUUGUGUACAAGGGAAUUUUGAGGGAUGGAACUGUGGUUGCUGUCAAGAAAAUCACCGACCCCGAAUUUGAAGGGGAUGCUGAGUUUUUAAAUGAAGUUGAAAUCAUCGGCAAUUUGAGGCAUCGAAAUCUAGUGUCACUAAGAGGAUGUUGCGUCUCAAAAAGAAAUCAGAGCCAUAGAUACUUGGUUUAUGAUUAUAUGCCGAAUGGAAAUCUAAACGAUCAUUUGUUCUCUUCUCGAGAGCGUCAUAAAAGGAUUCGCAGAAAGCCCUUAACUUGGCCUCAGAGGAAGAACAUAAUCUUGGAUGUUGCCAAGGCUCUAGCUUAUCUUCAUUAUGGGGUAAAGCCCUCGAUUUAUCACAGAGAUAUCAAGGCCACAAACAUAUUAUUAGAUGCACAUAUGAGAGCACGAGUUGCAGAUUUUGGGCUAGCAAGACAAGGUAGAGACAGUGGAUCUCAUCUUACAACCAGAGUGGCAGGAACUCAUGGAUAUCUAGCUCCUGAAUACGCACUUUACGGGCAAUUGACUGAUAAGAGUGAUGUUUAUAGCUUUGGAAUCGUGGUUCUGGAAAUCAUGACCGGGAAAAAAGCUCUGGACCUGUCAUCCUCUGCUGAUUCUCGCGACAUAUUCUUUAUCGCAGAUUGGGUUUGGUCACUUGUUAAAGUUGGGAAGAUGGAGGAAGUUCUUGAUCCUUCACUGCUGAGAAAUGCAGAGUCAACAAGCAGAAAUCCUAUGGGGGUAAUGGAGAGAUUUUUGAUGGUGGGAAUUCUGUGUUCUCAUCUCAUGGUGGCUUUAAGGCCUAACAUUUUGGAUGCCCUGAAAAUGCUUGAAGGAGACAUUGAGGUCCCUGCAGUAUCAGAUAGGCCAAGUUAUACUGAUAGAAGUACCUUAUACUCUGUAUAUACAUCCGGUAGGCAUCAGAUAAAACAAUCUGUUUCAUAGCUCAUAUUUGGUAGUUUACUUUUUUUAAUAUACAUUAAAGAAAGCAGUUUCAAU